AUGGAGAAAGAUGCCAAGCGUGAUGCUGAAAAUGCCAAACUUGGGGCCACAAUCGAGGAGUUGAAAUCUGAGAAUGCUGAGCUUAGAGAUCGUGUCAUGAAAGUGGAACAGAACCAGGUACAAAAUGAUUCAAAGGGAAAUAUUACCCUUAACAAUAACUCAUCUAACUUCAAUUUGGAUGCGGUCCAUCAUGAAAAACCGUUAGAGGAGAAAGAGAUGGAUAAUUUCUUGCUUGAGGCUCAUAAGAAAAUCGUUAGUAGUGAAAUAAAGCAAUGCAAUAAGGAGCGCCAAGCUGAUAGAAAGAAACUUAGUAAAGCAAAGCAAGCAUCUCUUAACCAAGAUCAAGAAUCUGACACCAGGUUAAGGAUGGCGCUGAAAUUGCUUUUCCAAAUCUGCAGUAUUGCGGAUUUAAGAAUUGAAUUGUGCAUAUGA